AUGGUGUGUUUCCACGGCAACAAGGCCACGCGCCACAAGGCGCUCAGCACGUGCGGGCCGCACCUGUGCUCGCUGCUGAACUACGGCCUGGUGCUGUUCCUGGAGGAGAGCCAGAAGAAGCUGCAGCUGCGCUCCCUCAACCGCGGCUUCCAGCUCCUCCUCAGCGUCUACCUGGUGGUGGGACCUCCCAUCUGCAACGCUGCCCUGUACGGACUCCACAUCAGUCCUCUGAGGAGGGCCUGCUGGGACCUCCUGAGGAGGAGGAGGUGA